AUGAGCGAACCUACCGAUGCUGAUCGUAUUCGAGCAAAGCGCCUUGCAAAGUUGCAGGCAGGAUCUACGUCUAAUUCACCAACCCCUUCACCCGCCUCUCCUGGGCCUUCAACCCCCGUAGCCCAGCUUCCCCAACCAAAACCAAAAACUCUUUCUAUUCCACCUCAAUCAACAACCCCGCCACCUCAACGUAAUGUCCCUGUGAAGAGGAAGUUCAUCGCACCUGCUCCCAAAGUUGAUUACCAGACAUGGGAGAACGACACAAUAUCUACAGUCCUCAAGGUUACACUUAGUAAAUCAACCGCAGAGGCAAACGAGUAUGAUCUCGUGUGGCUCAAGCAUCUUCAGGUUGAGCUCGAGUCUGAGGGUCACCCUCAUAUGACUCUUACGAACGAUAUCGUGGAUCGACUCCUCAUCUCUCGCCUCGAGCUUAAUGCGCAGGCCAUGUCCGACGACCUCGAAUAUGUCUCGGUGCUGGCCUCUCUCCCUCCUCAGUCCGUUUUCGAGUACCUUGUAGGCUGCUGGAAGCGUAUCAACACUGCCAAAUCAAUUUUACUCAAGAAGAACCCCGUCUCUGAAACCCAGCAAGCCACCGCACUCCUGAAUCAGCUCAGAGACCUCAUUAUCAGUUACAUAGGCCUUAACCUUCAGGAUCCGGAGAUGUUUCCACAACCCGCUGAUCGUCCACUAUCAACCCUUGGGUCGCACGAGCUACUCUCACCCCUGCUCUCCCUCUCUGCCCUAUCUACGCCUCUGUACGCAUCUACAACCACCUCUCAAACCACGCUGGCUCCCACAGAGGUUCAGCCAUUCUUGCAGGACCUUGUCGCUCGCUUCGCAGACCCAGUGCGUGUACUUUUAUUUCACAACAUUCUAUCUGGUGGGGACUCCGCAUGGCGUGGUGUCAUAGGAGGCAUGGAAGCCCUCGUCGGAGUAAAGCCCAUCGCGGAGAUGAUCACGAGAAUGCCGCAAUGGCUCGGCGAGGGUUUCGGGGUGGAAGUGACGGCUGCAAACUUUGAGAGGCUGUCUCUUAUGGGCCCGCUGCUUAGGCUGGGGACGUUCAGUCGGGAGUGGCCAGGUAUUGCGCAAAUAUACUUUAGCGACCCGACGAAACGCAGUCGUGCGGAUGUGGACUCGUCGAAUGCAAGUUUGAGAGGGACGUUGAAGAGUUUGCAGUCCUCCCUCUUUCAAAUAUUUAACACCCUCGUGCGCACAUCUCCCGAAGCGCGUGAGCGGGUAUUAGAAUACUUUGCGACAGUAGUGCGUCUCAACGUAAAACGUGCAGGAAUGCAGGUUGAGCCUGAUACCGUCGCGUCGGACAGCUUCAUGGUCAAUCUGCAGAGCGUGCUGCUGAGAUUCGCCGAGCCCUUUAUGGACGCGAGAUAUACAAAGAUGGACCGCAUAGAUCCAUAUUAUUUUUCAGUAUCUACCCGAAUUGAUCUAAAGGAGGAAACGAGGAUCAAAGCGACAAGCGAUGAAGCUGCGCAAUGGGUCGAGGAGAGCAAGUCAAAGGCCGCAACGCCCAACUUCAUCUCCGACAUUUUCUAUCUCUGCAAUGCGCUGGGGCACUAUGGAUACAUACGCACGAUACAGAUGUACGAGGACUUGGGGAAGACUCUUGAUGAUUACCAAAGGCACCAUGAUAUGAUUACUGGGGAUGGGUCGUGGAUGGGGACGCCUCAACAAGCGCACGUGCAAGCCACCAUUGAGAACGUCAAGAAUGAAAUGUCAAAGAUCCAAUCCCAACAACUUGCGUACCGCGUCCAGCUGCUUGAUCCUGAGCUCGUGUUCCGGUAUGUAGGGUUCACGAGCUUUGCGUCGACUUGGUUGAUCCGGAGCGUCGACCCGCGGGGGACGCAUCCGAAUCCUGUCGUUGAGCUGCCCCUUUCGAAGGAUGUUCCGAUGACGUUCCGAGUCCUUCCGGAGUUUAUUAUUGAGGAUGUGGUCGAGUUCUUUUUGUUUGUCGUGCGGCACUCGCCAGAGAGUCUUGACUUGUCUGGGAAGGAUGAGCUUGUGAUCUUUGCGCUGACGUUCCUUACUUCGACAUGGUACAUCAAGAACCCGUUCUUGAAAGCUAAGAUCAACGAGGCGGUAUUUUAUGGCGUGUUGCCGUACGCAAACGACAGACACGGGAUUUUGGGACACACGCUGAACACGCAUCCCGUCGCGCUCAAGAACUUGAUACCGGCGUUGACUCAUUUCUAUAUCGAGGUCGAGCAAACGGGUGCUAGUUCGCAGUUUUAUGACAAAUUCAACGCGAGGAGGAAUAUCGCUUACAUUUUGAAAGCGGUUUGGGACAAUCCUGUUCACAGAGAUGCCUUGAAUAAGGAAGCUCGGAAUGUCGACAAAUUUAUCCGGUUCAUCAACCUCAUGAUCAACGAUGUCACCUAUCUCAUGGAUGAGUCUCUCAGCGAGCUCACGCAGAUCCACAACAUCCAGACAGAGAUGCGCGAUCAAACCGCUUGGAACGCUCGUCCUCAGCAGUACCGACGUGAACGCGAAGGUGCGCUCCGCGGCCUCGAGCGACAUGCAUCUGGAUAUACCACGCUGGGCAGGUCCACCGUCGGUCUUUUGAAGGAUUUCACAGCAGAAACUAAGGGGCCAUUCAUGAUGCCCGAAAUUGUGGACAAACUCGCGGCUAUGCUGGAUUACAACCUCGAUGCGCUCGUUGGGCCCAAGUGCGGCGAGCUGAGGGUGCAAGACCCAGAGAAAUACAAGUUCAAUCCCCGUCAGCUCUUGAGCGACAUUCUGCAAGUGUACAUCAACCUCAGUGAUCAAGAGGAAUUUGUGAGAGCUGUUGCAAAUGACGGAAGGAGUUAUAGGAAGGAGCUGUUUGAAGCGGCGAUGGAGACUGCUAGACGGGUGCCGUUGAAAACUGAGACUGAGAUUGGGGUUGUGAGGUCUUUUGUGUCCAAGGUGGAGGAGAUGAAAACUACGAUUGAGGCGGAGGAAGAUUUGGGCGAGAUACCGGAUGAGUUUUUAGACCCUCUCAUGGCCACGAUCAUGCGUGAUCCAGUCACGCUUCCAUCUUCUCGCGUCGUCAUAGACCGCUCGACUAUUAAGUCUCAUCUGCUCUCUGACUCCAAAGAUCCUUUCAACCGGGUGCCGUUGGUGGUAGAGGAUGUUAUCCCCAAUGUGGAACUUAAAGCACAGAUCGAUGCGUUUAUAGCCGAGAGAAAGAACAAGCGAUCAACAAUAGAAGAGGGGAUUGUGAAGAUGGAUGUUUCCGUAGAUUGA